CUUUUAUAUGUCAUUUCCCCCCACACCUAGAGGAAGGCACUUUUGCAGACCUACUGGAGAGGGAAUCAUGUUUGACUGCAUGGAUGUCCUAGCAGUCAGCCCUGGUCAAAUGCUGGAUUUCUACACAGCAAGUCCAUCUUCCUGCAUGCUCCAGGAGAAGGCUCUGAAAGCCUGCUUCACUGGAUUGGCACAAACAGAGUGGCAGCACCGGCACAGUGCUCAAUCAAUUGAAACUCAGAGCACCAGUUCUGAGGAGCUUGUUCCCAGUCCACCUUCCCCGCUUCCUCCCCCUCGUGUUUACAAGCCCUGUUUUGUUUGUCAGGACAAAUCUUCUGGAUAUCACUAUGGCGUCAGUGCUUGUGAGGGGUGCAAGGGUUUUUUCCGCCGGAGCAUUCAAAAGAACAUGGUUUAUACAUGUCACCGAGAUAAGAACUGUGUUAUUAACAAAGUCACUAGGAAUCGCUGCCAAUAUUGCAGACUACAGAAGUGCUUUGAAGUGGGAAUGUCCAAAGAAUCUGUCAGAAAUGACAGGAACAAAAAGAAAAAGGAGCCUUUAAAGCAAGAAUUCUUGGAGAAUUAUGAAAUGACAGCAGAACUGGAUGAUCUCACUGAGAAAAUCAGAAAAUCUCACCAGGAAACAUUUCCUUCACUCUGCCAGUUGGGCAAAUACACAACGAACUCUAGUGCGGACCAUAGAGUUCGUCUGGACCUUGGGCUUUGGGACAAAUUCAGUGAACUUGCAACAAAGUGCAUUAUUAAAAUAGUGGAAUUUGCAAAACGAUUGCCUGGUUUCACAAGUUUGACAAUUGCAGACCAGAUCACACUACUUAAGGCUGCUUGCUUGGACAUUUUGAUCCUCCGUAUUUGCACAAGAUACACCCCUGAACAAGACACAAUGACAUUUUCUGAUGGCCUUACGCUAAAUCGAACUCAGAUGCAUAAUGCUGGAUUUGGUCCCCUGACAGAUCUUGUGUUCACAUUUGCCAAUCAGCUUCUGCCGUUGGAAAUGGAUGACACUGAAACUGGCCUGCUUAGUGCCAUCUGCUUAAUUUGUGGAGACCGUCAGGACCUUGAAGAACCAGCAAAAGUAGAUGAACUACAGGAGCCAUUAUUAGAAGCUCUCAAAAUAUACAUCCGAAAAAGAAGACCCAGCAAACCUCAUAUGUUUCCAAAGAUCUUAAUGAAAAUCACAGAUCUGCGCAGUAUCAGUGCAAAAGGUGCUGAACGUGUUAUUACACUGAAAAUGGAAAUCCCUGGAUCUAUGCCACCUCUUAUCCAGGAAAUGUUGGAGAACUCAGAAGGACAUGAACCAUUGACACCAAGCUCAACAGUAACCACAGCAGACCACAGUCCAAGUAUUUCCCCAAGCUUGGUAGAUAAUAGCAGUAUCACUCAAUCUCCUUUGGUGCAGUAAGACAUUUUCUCCAAGGAAAUUCCUAACUCUUGAUGUACAAGGAUGACAUGGCAUAUUCACUCUACGGCUGCUUGUUUUCUGGACUUUUACAGAUACAACAACCCAAAAAGACCAAGAAUUGUUCAUAUGUAUCUAUAUUAUGUAAAGGUAUGAGUAUGCGUACACGUACAGAAAGGAAUAACUUACAGCUUAAUUUGAAACAUGUUUAGUACACUAACAUUAGAAUCAUAUAUGUGUUUGUGCAUGUAUGUGUGCAUACAUGUACACACACACACACACAGAGACAUCAGGAGUAAGUUCCAUUACUUCUCUACAUUAGUAGGACUGUGAUUUCAUGAAAUAAAUAAGCUGAUAUGUUACUAUUGCCUUUUUUGAAUGUCCAAGUGACAAGAUUGAUCUCAAGGAGGAGGUUUAAAAGUUGUGGUUAUACCAUUUCUGAUAACUUUGUACAUAUAAAAUAUAUGAAUAUGUACUUUCUAUCCUGGAUGUUUGGUGCUUUCCCUUUUUAAAUGUGUACAUGAAAUGUCCCAGACAUCCCUUAGAAAUGGACAACAUACUUGUCUGGAUAAAAACAUUUUAAAAGACACAGUCUUAGUUAGGAUGAAAACUUAUCAUUGCUCUUUUUAAAGACCUCAGUGUAUUAAUUCUUUCCCAGCAAAAGAUCAAAGAAUUUCACUGUAUUAGCAGAAGUAACUUGUGUGGGAGUGUAACUGCCAGCUCAGUUAUUUGAACAUAACUUGUUCUAUUGUUAAUGUCACUUUAAAAAUAUACAAAGGGUUUAUUACUUUGUUGACUUCUCUACGUUUAAAAAUACUGAAAUUUUACUUCAUUUAUAGCCUUCAAGGCAAAAACACUUUACAGUGUUAUGUUAUUUUACUUGUUCACAAGCUAUUAGGGAAACUUGGUGAAAUAAUAACCAGGCAUAAUCACUACCUCUGAGUCGGUGGCAUUAGUGAAAAUGUUCCUCAGUCCUAUCAUUCUUUUCUGUGGCAUCACAGGGCUGGCACUAGAACACCUAGAAACAGAUGCUGGAAUCUGCCUCUUUCACCUUGCUAAUCACCAUAAAACAGAGUGAAAAAUGUGGUAGAAUGAUUACAAUUUUUUAAAGUGUCAGGUUUUUUUUAGGUUUCAUUAAAAGCACUAGUGGAUUUUUUUUUAUAUAUUCUAGCAAAUCUGUGAUGUACUUUCACUGGCUCUGUUUGUACAUUGAGAUUGUUUAACAAUGCUUUCUAUGUUCAUAUGCUGUUUACCUUUUUCCAUGAA